AUCGUUUCAGUCAUUCGAGUAAGACGGUUGUCUUGUGUGUUGCUGAUUCUACGAUCAUUCUCUAUCGCGCAGCGAUCGCUGGUCUAGCGAAUAUUUCGUCGUGGAGAAGUAAAAUUACGGCCGUCAAGAUUUUACGAAGAAAGAAGUAUGAGUAUUAAUUCCAAUCUACCAUUAAGCAAUUGUGAUAGUAGUAAAAAAGGCAUAAUAAUGCCAAGUCUAAUAUCGAGCAAUUGCGAAAUGUCGAGUAAAUGUAUGGACGAGAGUUUGGAAGAAGGCAGUAGACUUCAACAACAUUACUGUAUAACACUGGGUGUGGGGCCUCUGUGGUGGUCCGAUGUGCCCCAUGCCGCAUUGUCUGUAUCUACAGUCAACACAGAGAGCCGCGGCGUGGGGAUCAAGCAGAGUCAGCUCUCUGUGAGCUCCCACAUUGUACAAGAGGAUGAAUUAUUAAAAGCCGUGCGAAAUAGCGAAUCAUUACGCCUGACCUUCACCCUUCACUUGACGGAAAGCACAUCCGUUGAGUGGGAAACAGUAGUAUGGCGUCGUUGUCUGUACAUUCGCGUACCAAGUUGUCUUUUACCCGAAGGAUCGAAAGAAGGCUUUGUUUCGCUCUUGGAAUAUGCCGAAGAAACGCUACGAUGUACCAAUAUCAUUGUUUGUCUGCGUAAGGACAGAACAGAUCGAGCAAUGCUGGUUCGUACCUUCAUGUUUUUGGGCUUCACUGUUCUACCGCCGACUCACGCCUUGGUACCACCAGGCAGUGAUGCCGGCAAUCUCUACAUGCUCUAUGCCAUCGAGUAAUCAACCAACAGCUUGGCUUCUCUCUAAAAUUUAACGCGCAGGAGUAAAUAUCGAACAAACAUCUUGUUAAGUUUCGAUACGAUAGAAUGAAAGCAAGCUUCAUCUUUGUUUUUCGUUUCUUGAUAUCUGUCGUAUCCAGUGGAUUUUAUUUAUAAUAUUAAACACAGCGGAACGUUGAUCCAAGUUUUCACUGUUGAUGGGGUAACCAGAAGACGAGUUAUUGUAUUGAAACUUUAAUUUCUCGGAAGUGUGGGAACGGUAUAGUAUGAGAUCAAAAAUAAUAAUUUCAGUACCGUAAACCUUAGCGUUAAAUUUAAGAGAAAUGCGAUUACACGUAACCUACCUACCUACCUACCUACACACACACGCGCGCGCGCGUAUACAUGAAUAUGUAUGGGAUGAAGAGACAGGCAAGAAAACAGAUAAAAAUUAGUAGUUGAGUAUUUGUAGGACACGUACAAACAAGCUAUCGAUGAAUAUACUGAUUCAUUCUCUUGGAUACAAUGAUAAUAAGUCUCUUAAGAGCAUGUAAACUGCUGACGAAGCUUCCCACGCAAAAACAUUUGAUGGCUUCGAAGUUAAAAUUUUACAUAAAACAACGAGCCAUCAAAUUAUAGAAGAAAUUUAUUAUCAAUAAAUCUCAGUGUUAAUUGUGGCAGAUUAAGUAUCACCGCGUCUUAUUUUAUAUUAUUAUAUAUUUUUUUAUCGUGUGUAAGUAUUACUAUCAAUAUCAAUAAUACAUUGUAUAUCUACAUAUGUAUGUAAACUACGUGCUCAUUUACAGUAGCACAGAAACGAGCGCGCAUGCGCGACAGACACGAUCACUGUGAAGAUUCAUGUGGUGGAGAAAAUUACGAUACGCGGCCAGUGAUAAACUAAUUCAUUUAAUCCUGAAUAAUUUUGCUGCUUUUUUUCUUUUUUUGCGUGAUGUAUACAAAUCAAUCACUUUAUACACACAUCACUUUAUAGCACUUUUUCUAACUCAUGAAAAUAAAGCUGAAGUAUUGAAAAUAAUUUCUAAAAGAUACCAUAUGAUAGUUCAAUAUGUUCACGUGCUUCGAACGAAAUAUGUAAAUAAGUAUUAUAAAGUAUUUUAUAGCUGUCAUUUUAAAAAAUCGUUUUCAAAUCUUAUUAACAUGAAAUGAGAAAAAAACGUCAAUUACUUGCCGUUAACGAUUACAAAUGAUUUGAUUCCCAUACACAAAUAAUUGGUAAAAACAUGUUGCUCACUGGCGGCUGAUCGUUAUAGUUGUUAGUAAAUACCUACAUUAAUUUUUCUUUAUUAUGUUUAGAUGUAAGUAAUAAUACCGAUGAUAGCGAGUAUAGUUAUAACAGUUAUAAAACAAUAAUAGUAAUGACGAUCUUUGGUAAUCCUUGAUCAAUUAACAUUGUAGAGAUUUUGCUAAUAAAUAUGUUCUUUAGUGUUGACUUGAUAACAGACGAUAAAUAAAACGAUUGAAAAAAAAAGAAAAAAAUGAAAAAAAUGAAAUAUCAUAAGCAAACAAAAAUACGUUAAUAGCUUAUUAGAAAUUUAGAUAAGUACAGAGCGAUAAACUAUCAUGUCUUAAUGAAAAUAGUUUUGAAUUUGUUUGAAUCUUUUCAGUUCAUAAUAAACGAUUCUAUAGCGUUUUA